CAGCGAGGGGCGGUUGGAGCCCCUGGAGCGGUGCGGGCGGGUGGAGGGCGGCCUCUUCCUAGCGGGCUGCGUCCUGCCGCUGCUGCAGGCAGGGGGAGGAGCAGGGGCAGGGGCUGUGAAGGGGGGUGGAGGCAAGGGCGGCAAGGGCUCCAGGGAGGCAGCUGUACGGCAGCAGGGGCGGUUGGUGUCCAACAUAGGGCCCAUCACCUCGUGGCGUGUGCGGUACUCGCCUGACCAGGAACCCAAGCUGCUGAUCUGUACGGCACUCGCGCAGUACGAGUGCGGCAAGCCCACCGUGCCGUACCGCAAGCUGCUGAGCGAGCUGCUGACGCGAGUGGAGCUGGCGGGGGCGGUGCACCGGGCGCUGUGUCCGGAGGCGGGCGGGCGGCUGGAUGCGGGGUACAACGAGGUGUGCUGCGCAGUGGCAAGGAACAAGAUUUCCAAGCAGUACGGCGGAUCUGGGUACGCACUGAAGCUCAAUGGGCGCUUCAUCCUGGAGCAGCUGGCGGCCAUGGCCUGCUCUAGCGGCCCUGCGCCCACUUCAGCCGCCACCGUUGCUGGUAAUACCACCGCCGCCGCCACCACCGCAGCAGCAGCAGCCGCUGGCGACAAGGGCAAGGGGCCUGCGGACAAGGGCAAGGGGCCUGCGGACAAGGGCAAGGGGCCGGCGGCAGGGGGCUGUUCGUACGACAAUGGGCCCUUUGCGGCCGGGCUGAGGGCGGCGAUG